UUCAGUAUUUUUAUUUCCCAUGGCCUUGACAAGGUCACUUGCCAAGAAUCGAUUAACAAGUACAUAGGCGAAUAUAAUUCUCAGUUUUGUGAGCAGCACCCGUCUGAUAAUGAUCAAACCUGCCCACCAAACAUGCCACAGCUUAAAAUAGAAAUCUAGUAAUACAAUCACUACUGCUCAGAGAGAGCAUGGCUGUUCCUAGCCUCCUGGAAUAUUCCGUGCGGAUGUGAACAGAGAGAAGGAGAGGGGAAGAGAGAGACAGAGAGAGAACAGAAAAGGGCAGAAUCGCUGGAUACGCCUUUAUGUAACAGCACUUGAAUAUCUCCUGAUUAACUGCUAUAUCCAGCGGUGCAGAUGUUGUGCUGCCUUCAGGAAAUCACCUUGGAUCUGUUAACCAAAUAGAUGCUGAAGCCCAGAGGGAUGUGUUCAGAAUCAAAGCCCAAUGGCUUUUAUGUCCAGAUUGUCACGGAGCAGUUCAAGGUCACCCAGCAGAAAUGAGCAAGAAGAUAAAAGCCCACCUGUCCUCAGCAUAUUUGAGCUGGAAAGGCUACUGUACACUGGCAAAACGGCCUGUAACCAUGCUGACGAGGUCUGGCCUGGACUCUACUUAGGAGAUCAGGACAUAGCAGCCGACAGGCAUGAACUGAGACGACUAGGAAUCACUCACAUCCUGAAUGCCUGCCACAGCAGAUGGCGGGGUGGACCAGAAUACUAUGAAGGCAUGCCCAUUACCUACAAUGGGAUAGAGGCCCAUGAUUCGCCAACAUUUGAUAUGAGUGUUCACUUCUAUCCAGCAGCAGAUUUUGUUCAUCAAGCUCUGAAGCAAGGUGGGGGGAAAGUCCUUGUCCACUGUGCUGUUGGGGUUAGUAGGUCAGCUACGCUGGUCCUGGCAUACCUUAUGAUUCACCAUAAUAUGACUUUAGUGGAAGCCAUAAAAACAGUGAAAGACCAUCGUGGUAUCAUCCCAAAUCGAGGAUUCCUGCGACAGCUCGUGGCUUUGGAUAACUCUUUGAGGUUGAAAAGGAAAACAUGAAAAAAAUUAAUUAAUAUAAAAUAAUUCAAGAUGGUACAAAUUUUACAACCUGUUGCUGAAGUAUAACUUUUUUAGAUGCUAUUGCUGAUCAUGACUUAAAUUUAAUUGCCGUUUUUUUUUUUUUACUAUGCUUAAUUAUGCAAUAGCAGAUGUUAUGCUAAAGAGCUGCUAAACUGUUACUAAAGCUGUAACUCUGUGUGGUACUGCUGAGAGCAAUGCCACCUUAGAGGGGUCAUGACCAUUACUGAUAUUAUCUGUGGGCGAACAUUUUUUUAUAAUACUUUUAAAAACUUUGUUAAAGCAUAUUAGUAUAUUUGUGUGUUUAUGUUGCCAAACAAUUAAGAAGAGCACAGCGAACCAUAACUCUUUAAUUUGUAGAUUAUCUUGACAUCAUAGACGAGUACUCUGUAUAAGAAGUUUUAUUAGUCAUGACUCCUGCUCCCGCUGCAUAGUACCUGCAAUCAUGACAUUAUGAUGUCUUAUGACAGCACAAACUAGUGUCAUAUGCAAAGUUAUCAGGAAGCCAGUUCACACACUGAUACUUUUGGAAGAUAUCUCAUAGUAACCGUUAAAUUAUAGAAACAUAUCUGGAAAUUAAACUUAUAAGAUAAAAAACUAGGCGAAAUACACAGUUCUAAAGCAAUUAUUGAUGAAAGCAUUUCUUUUGCAGUUGUACAUUUUGUUGUAACCAGUUACAACAUUGCAGGGAGAGAGAGAAUUAUUUAAGUGGGGCAAGCACUGCAUAGAAAGAAUUCGGAAGGUCUGAUUAAUAUCAAUAUUGUGACACUGUAGACUUCAGUGAAACACUGCAACUUAUCUCUUUCUACUGCCAUUUAGAUUUACUGGUUUCACAAUGACAUUUUUGUAAGCACUAUUUUAAAAUAUACUCUAGUAUCUCUUGUGAGCUUGACAUCAUAUAUCUAUUCAACAUAUACAAUUUUUUAAGCAACAAAAUUCGAUUAGUUGGUUUUAUUGUAUACAUUUAUAGAAAUGUGCAUCUAGCAUUUAUUAGAUACAUAUAACCUCAAAAGUACAUCUGUUGAAUCUGAAGUAUGAUUAGGUAAUGCAAUGCGACUGUUAGCUUCCACAAAGUAUAUUUAUUUCAUCUUUAAUUUUAAAGUAAGUUUAUUUUAAAACUAAUUUUAAUUCUUUAAUUUUCUUACUGUUACAAUUUAUUUUAUAGUGGCAACAUGCUAUUUUAGCACAAGAUAUCAGUAUUAAAAAAAAACAGAAUAAUAUUCAAAAUGAGUUUCUAUGAAUUAAAAACUGCAGUAUAUAUUUUCAUGUUUUAAAGGUUCCUCAACUAAACAGAAACACAUUUUUUAACUUAAUAUGUAUAAACUAAAAUCAAUUAGCAUAUUCUUGUCUGUGGCAGUGUUUUGCAUUUAUUAUUAAGCUUUAUGAUUUUUUUUUAUGAUUUUACUUUUACGUGGCUUGUCUGAAAGUUUAAGUUGUCUGAUAUUCUAUAGUGGUUCAUCAAGGGACAACCAGAUGUAUUAUGAGUCACACAACUAAACAAGAAUAAUUAAUGCAUCUCGGGAAGAGAAUCUGAGAAUGAAUGAAGCUGUAGGCUUCAUCCACAAAUGCAUGUGACAUAUGUGGUGCAAAUAUGUGUGUUCUGAAAACAGAUGUAUUAACUUCCUCUACAAUCAUUCACAAUAAAAUGCACAAGCACUUUCAAUUUGGAUUAAGGAGCCCAAGAUACACAAUGCAAAGCAAAUAUGCCUUGUGCUAUGUGCAACAUGUUUAAGGAAUGAACUAAUAUUUACCUUGGACUGCCACAGUAUCACAGCCAGUGCAUUGCUCUCUUUAUAAAGUUAGCAAAGGCAGAUAUGCAAUUGGCUUUUUUGGGCAUGCAUGGUCCAGAGAGAUAUAAUGAAAGAUCAUUAUAAGCAUACUGAUCUAUGCAGAGACACUAAAUGCGUUUGACUAACUGGAAUUGUAGUUCCAUGUCCCCUCCUAUCGUCUGGUCUCUCAGUCUAAUAAAUAAUGCAUCAUGUUUUUCUGGCAGUCCACUCUAUUUACCCUGAAGGCAUCCACCUGUUAAGUUAUUUCUUAGAAGCUUCAAGCACUCAACACUUCAUUUUUUGGGCUGUUAGGCUUUGUCUGGUCAUUAGAUGUUUAAAUGUGGUAGGCAAAUCACUACCUAUAAGGGCUAUUCCAUUUAAGGAUGUCAAGAGUCACACUGUACAAAAGUAUGCAAGAUGUCCAGAAAUAUCCAUUCCAUGAUAAUUGCAUAGUUUUAACACUCCACUGGCUAACUGGAUCCUGUGUGUAUUCCAUUUUGAUGUACCAUAUUUCUAGCUAUCAGUGCAAAUACUUUCUUUUAAAAACUCCCCAAGGUUUUCUAAACAUUAGACAAUCUACAUGUUGAAGUUCUUCCCUUGUUGCAACUCCAUGUAUACAUGCCUGGCUGUCACAAAAUGUAGCAUUGUUAUGCUUUGGGAAAAAUGAACACAAUUUUAUAACAAAAUAAAUGGCAACUCAUAAAAGUGAUAAUAUUGAACUUUAGGGAAUGACAGCCCUGACUUUACUGUGAUACUUGGGGACACUUUCAGAGUUUUCCAUGUGGUAUGCAGAGGUACAGCUGGACAGGAUUGGGAGGUCAUUAUUCCCUUGUACAAUUUAAUUAUUUAUUGAAUGUAAUUUUGCAUUCUGUAUCUUUUGCACUAAGCAUUUAGUGCAGCAGGAAAAACUACAGAUAUAUAUGACAAAGAGGAAUCUGAGGAAAGUGUCAUUAUAUUUGGCAAUAUAUUCACUUUGCUUAUAUGACCUCUGUUUGCCUUUACAGCAGUGUCAAACCCAGUUAUUUUCUAAAAGUUUUGUUCAGACUGGCUCCAUAACUAAAAAGUUUUGACUUGGACUAUCCGUAAAUGACCUGAGUUCAACUAGUGGCCCCGCCAUUCGAGAAGUCAACCAGGGAGGAAUAGGAGGGAGUGGCUAAUGCUGGCUCGCCUAUCAUGGUGAGAGGGAUUUGGGGAAGUUCCACUAAAGCAGUACCCUACUGAUGAUGUGUUGUUGCGAUAGUAAUCCUGCUCAGUACGAGAGGAACCACAGGUUCAGACAUUUGGUGCAUGUGCUUGGCUGAGGAGCCAGUGGUGUGAAGCUACCAUCCGUGGAAUUACGGCUGAAUGCCUCUAAGUCAGAAUCCCACCUAAACGUAAUGAUACCACAGUGCCACAGAUCUCCAGUUGGCCAGGGAUAGCUGGCUGCAAGGUCAGUGAGGAGUGCCACUCAUCAAUGGGUCAGAGAGGGGUCAGAAGGGGGACGCCUCUCUCCAACAGUGCACCGCACAUUCAUGGAGAACUGGGUGCUAAAUCAUUUGUAGAUGACCUGAUUCUGGGUCAGGGUUUCAUACGUAACACAGCAGCAAAAAGCUGCAAUCUGUGGAAAGUCAGCCCUCGAGCCAAGCUUUUGUUGCAGGCAGGGAAAGGCUGUAACUGUGGCCUAGGGACUAGGGGCUGUGAAGCAUAUGACCCGCUAAAGAACACACUGCACUUCAGCUGAGUAUUGCAGAUUAACAAAGAGUUGUACUGACCCAGUGCACUGUCAGCCCAAUGAGGAGGGUAUUAGGUGUAUCAAAAAUUUCUAAAUUCCUACUGAAUCAAAGCCACGAGUCCCUGCUAAGACAUCCUUCUUCCACCUCUCUAGGAUGCCAAUAGUUGGAAGGGGGCAGGCAACAAAUACAGAGAAGAGAAUGCCUUUUCAAAGACCACAAAAGGUAUAAAGUCAAAAAGUUUAUAAGAUAAAAGUAAAUCUGUGUACACUAUCCACAGAUAGAGGGCCCACAAUGAGAAAGGAUAACUUUCCACUUAAAAUAAACAUUAAUAAAAGGAAAAAACAGCAGGAAUGGUACAUUGCAGAACAACUACAAUUUGUAUGGAAUAGGUUUAAUGUAGUAACAUUAAGUGCGUUGAUUAAUUCCUUAAGAAAGAGCCUUUACAUCAACAUAUGGUAUAGGAAAUAUAUAUAUGAGAUGAGUAAUCAAACUUGAUUACCACAAUGUAGGAAUGUAUGAACUGGGAAAAGUGCUGCACUAUUUAGUAACACUGGCAGUGUUUGCAUUGACUGGUUGGGGAUGUGAUGAAGGUGUUAGCUUAAAAAGCACUAACAUGUUUGAUCAUGCUGCGGGGCAUAUCAUUGAAUGUCAGUUAUGAGACAGCAUCAGAAAACUAAAUGGGGAGACAACUCGGUUUGCCUGAGGUAAGAGGAGAGGAGACAUUUCUCCUCAAAGGAACAUUUUAUUCCACUUCUUCGCCAUUUCAUCAGGGAGGUUUAUGACUUCAGAUGGGCAAAGUAACUACUAACAAAAUUUCAGCAUGUCAACAUAUGUUUGUAUUCACAGCUGGGUAUAUGUGACAUGAAUGAAAUGUGUACCAUGGUAUUUAAUAUAAUUCUGUGUCAAUAAUGCACAUAAAUGUCUUCUUGCUAUGCUAUUCCAGACUGGUUUGCGUCUCACCCAACCCCACUGCAACUUUACUGUAGCAAUACUGUAGUAUCUCUAGGGAAAAGGGACAUCAUGAUAGCAGGAGAGGGUCACAUAAUUUCAUUGGGUUAGCAAGGCAUAGUUUGCCUAAAAUCACUUAGGGGAAUUAAUAAAACAAACUUGUUUACACUGACAGCAGAAUCUCUAAUGGACUAAUAAAGGGCAUUUGAUCAGAUCAAUGUAACUGUUUAUGUCUCACAUGACAGCUUUGUAGUCUCCAGGUCAAGAGGAUGGUCCCUACAUCCAGUCUGAGAAGGGAAUAUUACUCAUAACUCCCUCUUCAUGGUAUCAAAUAAUGCCAAAUUUGUAAACUAUGACAUCUGUGAACUAUGGGCAUUAGUACUGUGAUGUAGUAUACAUGGUACAUAAGAAAAUGUGGCAAAAAAAUUACACAGCAAGGGGAAAGGCAAUGUAUAAACUUUUUGGUUCCACUAAAUCUGCAGUGGUAAAGUUUGACUAAGUUGCUCACCAUUACCAAAGAAUGUUCGCUUUGUCCAAUAAAGCAAGUGAUAGGGUUAAGUAUUGACAGAUUCAGCAAGCAAGUUCUAAUGCAGUUAGUUUAAAAAAAAAUACUUUGGUUUCUCUCUGGAUUACAGCUGCUGUCACAUUUCUAAGACUCUCUUUAAAUCAGUUAUUGCUUAAUCACAAUUUAUUUGCUGCUGCCAGAAACAGCAGCAUGUGUUUUUUAAUGUGUUCUAGAGUAUUCCUCAGGUACACAUACCUAAUAAGUCUAGUUUUAAGAAUGUUAAUGGCUAUCAAAUACCAAAAUGAUUCCUCCCAUAAAGAAUAUUUGUGAAUUAAGUCUACCAGUGAAUAAGGGAUUUUUGGUUAUCGUAUUUCCCUUUUGUCUGGUUAUAACUGCAUACAUAGUCAAAUCUAUGCAUUUCUAACACGACGUAAUAUGACAUCUCUUCAUGGUAAUUUGGAAUAUACCAUUAAAAUGAAAUGCAAAUAGAGUAUUACAGGUAUUGGCUGGUAACACAAGUUAACACCAGCAAAAGUAAUCAACAUAAAAUCCAUUCCUGGUGUAAAAUGAGUGGUGUGUGCUUCUAGACCAGUCUGAUGUAUGUUUGAGCCAGGCAUAAACUUAAAUAAUCCUGAUCCAACUGUAGCCGUCAGCUAUCAAAAAUAACAAAACUACAGCCAUAGAUUUAUUUCCAGUGAGGUUAUGCUAUGAUCUAAAGGUAAGUUACAACGCAAAUGGAAGUGUCCCUAUAAAUGAGAUUUUCAUUGUAGCACACUUGAUGUCUAAUAUUUGUACAAAUUGCUUUCACAUAAUUUGCUGCCCAGUGUGUGUUCUUUUGCUGUAGAAAAUCAUAUAACUUCUCUAAAAGAUGCUUUAAAUUCCUUUAAUUUGAAGUUGAGAUCUUUUAAGAAAUGCUUGGAAUUAUUUGUAUUAGAAGGUGUGAUCUAACAUUUAAUUAUAAAUAAGUUUUCAACAGAUUUUCAAUUGUUUUAUACAUUUGUGCAAUUACCUUAUAAAACAGGUGGCCUUGUAGAAGACCCACCCACUUAUCAACUUUUGGUAAACAGUUAAACAAAGAAAAGAGAGUUAUUGCAUAAAGCAGUCCUAACCGCUGGUUAUGUGUCCAUGCCAUCAAGCAUCUAAAAAAAACGUGUUGUGUUAGUUAUAGGUGAAUGGCACAAAGUCAACUUUUAUUUCAAUGAAUCUGUUUUCCAAAAUCAAAAUCACAAAAUACCAUGUUAUUAAAUCUACAAAAUGUAAUAGAAUAAAGAAUGUUUUUACUCGUUUUAUGGAUGGGCAAUUACCCUGCAUAGUGGUACUGUGAUACCACAA